AUGCCCGAGGAUUCCAGCGAAAAUGUGGGAGGAACAGGCUCAACUGCCUUUGCGCGUGCGCUGGAAGAAUAUAUCAACAAACCCCGAUCGGCGAGAAGCAAGACCCCCCAUUUUCUCAAAAAAUUGCAAGAACAACAACGUUCCGGCGCAAACCUUACUGGAGAUGCCGUCAAAAAAGAUCUAUUUCUUUUGGACCGCCAGGCGACAGAUCGUACAGCCGCUCGUGCCGCUCGCAAGAUCUUGGGACCGGUUAUACAGGUGCUGAAUACCUACUCAGGAAUUGUCGAAACACUGGUCUCAGCAGAUCCAAUGCCUACGGCUAUCAUAUGGGGCUGCUUGAAGUCUGUGAUUGACUGCUCCCAGAGGUUCCUUGAACUCUACGAAAAGAUAUCCGAUCAGAUCAAACGCUUAAACACACACAUCACCGUGCUUACAGAAUAUGAAGAUUUAUUCGAUCACUCCGCUACGAUGCGGGAGCUAUUGCAAGCAUCGUAUAUCGACAUCAUUCGGUUUUGGCGAAGGGUUGACAAGGAGUGUAACCGCUGCGUGGCUAAUCGUGCCUUUCGAGCGAUCGCCCCUUUCAGUACAGAGAAGCUCGAUGGCAUUAUCACGAGCAUCGGAGAUACGGCCGACAGCAUGAGUCGUCUUAUUCCUGCCGUUCAGGAACGCCUAGACAGAGGAGAGCGGGAAAAUGCAGCCGAGGAGCGUCGGCUUGCCGGUAUCGCGCGAGAAGAACAAGCAGCACUUAUCCAAAUGUAUGCGGAAGAGACGGAGAAACGGAAAGAAGAAAGGAGACUACAAAGGCAGGAAGAGGUACGAAAGUGGUUGCGAGAUGGGACUAUGCCACUGAAUGGGAGCAACUUUCGCCACCGUGACAGCAAGCUGGCGCAACGAAGCCCAGGCACUUGUGACUGGGUAUUUGAGCAUGCGACUUUUAAGGUUUGGAUGGACAAAGAUAGCCCAGCCUCUCAGGUAUGGGUGAAGGCAUCUCCCGGAGCUGGAAAGACUGUAUUGACUGCGUCUGCUGUUGAAAAGCUGGAAGCGACCAGCGCUGAAAACGCUGCCGUCAUAUACCAUUACUUUACUUUUGAUGAAGAAUUUCCAGCCUUAUUGGUCUAUCGCUGCCUUGCAGAGCAGCUUGUCAACCGACUGGGAAAACAAACCGGCGACGUGCCCAAGGACAUCCACAAAUCUACACAGGAAGGGGCUACAACCGCUAAUAUUGAAGAUGUCAAGCAAGUGAUCAGAAUGCUCCUGGAAGAAAUGGCCGUUACCUACAUCUUUCUCGACGGGCUUGAUGAGGAGUGCGAGACAGAGAACAGAAAGAAAGAGCUUUGCAAGGUGUUGGAAUUUUUUGGGGAGCUGAGCCGUGCUAUGCCACGUCGCCUGCGCAUUUGGUACAGUUCUCAGCACCGCACCUGUCUCGAUGCUCCCCUCAGUAGCCUUCCAUCAAUCGAGAUCACGAAGGAGUUAAAUAGCCACGACAUUGAGCACUAUCUACUAGACAAGAUCGAGGACCUGAAAAGUCUCGAGUUUGAUGCAGGGUACAUCAGGUUGAUUAUUGGUGAUCUGCGCGAGAAAGCCGACGGAUGCUUUUUGUGGGCAUCACUGAUGUUAGACUCUAUGUCGGACGCAGUGACCCUUCAUAAGGUUCAAAGUAUCAUUGAGGAAGGUCUUCCCGACAGCUACGAAAAGUACUACCAGAGAAAGAUGGACAGCAUCCGGCCUGGUCUGAAGGAAUUCGUUUCGAUUAUUCUAUCCUGUAUCGUGCAUGCAAAGCGUCCAUUACGUCUGGAUGAGCUUUGUGAAUGUACGGCGAUGGUGAAAGCCAUUGAAGGACAGAAUAUUGAUAGGAGCCAAAAGAUCAAGAAAAGCAAGGUGCUGGAGCUAUGCCAACCACUUGUCCAGAUCCAUGAAAGUGAUGGGCCAGCCGGCACCAUCUCUAUUUGCAUGCUGACUCAUGGCUCGGUCAAAAAUUUUCUGUUGAAGAACCCAGGGAUCUUGGCAAACAACUCCAACCCACCAGCAUAUGCGCUCACAAAUGAUGUUUUGGCAAAUGUAUGCCUCAAGUAUCUCCUGCAGCCACGGUAUCAGCAACUUCUUACUAGGGAGGGCGAAACAUUCGUCGAUUGUGAUGGGGAGGACAUUCUUAAUCACCAUCUUCUCUCCUAUGCCGCCAAAUACUGGGAUAAGCACCUGGAUGGCGUCAAUUAUUCAUUGGACUAUUGCCAGAAAGCCUCAAGCUUUAUCCGAAGCCCACAGUUCUUCACAUUGUUACAAGUCCAGAGUCUCUUUGUCGACGGUCAAUUUCGCUUCUGGUACAGUACUUACCGUCCAUGGGCUGGCAGACAUAUCAAGCGCGUAUUCCCUCAUUGGUUGGAUGAUAACUGCAAUGAGCCCUUCGCAAAGGACUAUGCAUCCUUUGUGGGUGAGUGGGGACCACUAUUGGACCGUGAGACAAGCAUCACGGGCGCCUUCGCAGGCGAAAUCGAUCGAUGCUUUCCUGGGGCAUUGGGACCCAACAACUACCUUCACAAGGGACCCAGCCGUUACCGAAGUCUAAUGUUUACGGCAGAGACUGAGCCGACUGAGCCCCCAAUUCGAUGCUUUGAAGGGGUUGACGAAACGGGAAGGUAUUUGACAGUACUGAACCUGGAAAAGGUUAGCGAAGACGGGCUGCAAUUUUGUUGCGAGCAUUGGCAUCUGAAUGGUCGCAAACCCGAGCUUCAAAGAACUCAAAAGUUGUAUGCAUCCGCCUCAACCUGGUCUCUUUACGAGUAUCCCUUGACGGAGAAUGUUCCGGGCCGACCUCGUCUGGUUUCCUUCACUAAAGACUUGAAAUUCAUUCGCAUUGGGUCUCAGCUAUUUGUCAAGGGCGUGGAUCAUGAUUAUACGCCCCUACCUGUGACUGAUCCCGACGAAGACUAUUUCGAUGAAAUGGCCAGCAACAACCAUAUGGUUGCUGUGUCAACAAGACGACAGAUCUCCAAGUCAGAUGUGGAAAUUCCAGGGGCAGUUACUGGCGAUGUGAGAAUUGUUGACUAUGCGGAUAUAGCGAUUCAAAAGCGAGAAGAAGAGGUAAGCGAGUUGGAUCAAAGAAGUACGGCCGCCCCAACUUCAACUGCCGAUACACAGCCAACUCCUACCGUUACGAAAAGCAGUGAUGAUGACAGCGAUAGUGGGACCAUUGACACCGAUAUCACAUCAGAGUCUUCAUUGAAAUUAGAAGACCCAGAUGAGUUCCAACCAUCGACCGAGAAAGACAAGGCGCUGGAGCUCGCAACAAAGGUGUCGAAUUAUACAGACGAACUCAUGAAAAGCUCUUCCGAGUCUGCCGGAAAUUCGGCUUAUACCUCCUGGAGCGAGGGAUCCACUGAUCUUGAUGAUGAGAUGGAGGACGAAGAGCAAUGGAAUGAUUGGGAUCUCGAGCAUCUGGAACUGGAAGAGCUCGACGUCGAAGAGAAGGGAAGCUUUCUUGGCAGCGACAACGACGGAUACAGCAGCGGUGAUGAGAGGAAAGAUGCUUUGGAACUACAUGAUGAUCUCGCGAGUGAACUAUCGGAGUCAGAUAACGCGAGUGACGCAUUGGAAAAAAGAAGUGAUAUGCUACCAUUGGACUCUGAUGGUAGUGAUGUUGAGAGUGUUGGUUCUUCGACGAACUACAGCGUCUCUAGCAGCGAAUAUGGCUCGGAUGAUGAAAACCGUGGCAUACUCGAAAACAUGAUGACUGGAAAUAAGACCACGAGCACCGAAGGGACUCGUCGCACAAGCAUUCAAGUGUACGAUGCUACCAGAAAAGAACGCAUCCCCGUAUUCCACUUUACCUGCUUUAUUAAAGACAGGUUGUUCGACUCACCUCCGGUGUUCCACCCUUCCAAGCCCCUCCUGGUCUGGCCACUGGGCGACAGGGAGAUUCUGUUUGCCAACUAUGAGAAGAACACGUAUUUUACACGCGGGCUAUGUCGGUCGGGCUAUGGCAGCUGCCACAUCUUCAUUAAGGCACACUUCUCGAGUGACGGUCGGCACCUGCACCUCGCGGCAUUGGAAGCUCGCGAGGCUGCCAAAUCAGACAAGGAAGAAGCCUCUGUACUUCUCAGCCUGCAGGUCUCAACACACCGACUCUCCGAGCACAAGACUGCUAGUAGUCCGCCUCGAAUGAUCUUUCGCACCACUGUUGAGCUCGGUAACACCCCUAAGUUGUCCGUGUCCAAUCUCCCUCACUUCCUAACAUGGAGCGACACACAUCUUUUCUUCACAAGCCGCAACAACAAGCUUGAUGUCCUUCGAAUUCCUCUCUUUCGCCCCCCGGGCGACAACGUGGACCUGAACAUCUGCUCCCUACAGGAACCCAUAUUUUUGCCACGCUCGGUCGAAGCACGAAACAUGUACUUCUUCCCAUCUCAGGAAACAACGAAGAAAUCUUCACGAAAGAAGGACAUGAAAUCAGGAACACUUAUUCUAGGUGCACAGACAUGUCUCCCAAGCCAGGGAAUACUGGUACCCCGGCACAUGUGUUAUCCCCCGAUCGCGGUAUUUCUGCGUGAGGACAAAGAUUUGGUCUGGGCUUGCAGGUCGAGUGUUGAUGAGGGUAGAAAGAUUAACAAUGCCUGUGGCAGGUUGAGGGGGAAGUUCGAGUCGUUUGAUCACAACGAGGAUUGUGAUAUUAUCCCGUAUUUGUUUUGA